AUGAAAAGCCACCUCCGAAGAUGGAGUAGCUCAGUCACAGCGCAGCCAUCAUCAAUAUCUAGUCAGACUAUAUUUUCUGGGAUUCAGCCAACUGGUGUACCACACUUGGGGAAUUAUCUGGGUGCUUUGCGUGAAUGGGUCAGGCUACAGGAUAAUGCUACCGAGGGGACGAGGUUAUUCUACUCCAUAGUCGACUUGCAUGCCUUGACUAUACCACAAGACAGUUGUCAGUUGAAGAAGUGGCGGAGGGAGGCGUUUGCGACAUUGCUCGCUGUAGGCUUGAACCCCGAUCGCUCAACCAUUUUUUAUCAGUCGGCUGUUCCUGCGCAUACUGAACUAUAUUGGAUCCUAAGUACAGUGGCUUCUAUGGGAUACCUGUCACGGAUGACUCAAUGGAAGAGCAAGUUGCAACUACCAGAAAACACAAACCUGGAGCAUUCGGCUGCCAGGUCUAAGCUGCGGCUUGGCUUAUUCUCUUACCCUGUAUUGCAGGCAGCGGACAUCUUAUUGCACAGGGCUACUCAUGUUCCUGUUGGGGAGGAUCAAAGACAGCACAUUGAGUUUUCCAGGUAUACUGCUAAUAGUUUUAACCACCUCUACGGCCAUAUUUUCCCAUCUCCAGAGGCACUCAUCUCACCUGCAAAGCGAGUUAUGUCUCUCAAAGAGCCCACCUUGAAAAUGUCCAAGUCGCAUGCCGACAGCCGAUCAAGAAUCCUCCUCACUGAUUCAUCUGAUGAUAUUCACAGGAAAGUUAAGGCUGCUCUAACUGACUCGGACACAAGCAUAACCUAUGAUCCUGUCCGCCGGCCGGGCGUGUCUAAUCUCAUAGAAAUUCUAAGCCACUUGGACGCAAGAUCGUGCGACGACUUAUCUUUGGAGUACAAAUCGGUGAGCCUUCGAGCUCUGAAAGAAGACCUGGCAAGUCGAAUCUCAGGUCACCUGCAAGGAAUAAGAGAGCGGUACUAUUCGCUCAUGGAAGACAACUCUGGAUAUCUGGAUACUGUCACAGAGCAAGGUGCCCAGGCUGCACGUGCCAAUGCCGAUGUGACUAUGAAACAGGUUAAGAAAGCCAUGGGGCUGUAA